UGGAGCCUCGGAGGCACCAUACUGUCAGACUAUAAGAGAUGGGCAUUUUCUUCCUGUCUUGCUCAAAGUAUCAGGUUGGCCACUGUGAGAAGCAGGAUAUUGGACUAUGUAGGCCUGAGUUGGCAGGAGUGGUCUUGACCUUUCUUUUCUUUACUUUCUUGCCUUUCAGCUGUGAAAUGUCCUCACCUGAAUGCCUGAAGGAGAAAGGAAUUGAGCUCCUCACCCAUUUUGACAUGGUUAGCCUUCGAUAUCAGCAGGCUCCCGACGAACAGGUAGGUGGAGCCAUGGCGUCCCAGCACUCUCACCUGCUGGGGGCUUUGCAGCAGUUAUCGGGUCUGGACAAGUUGUGGGAGAGGCUAAAGUCCGACCUUCCGUGCAAGCAGAAACUGGGAGAGCUGGAAACACGGCAGAAGACCUUGGAGAACAUCGUCUCGGUUUUGAGUCGGGAGCUGGGCAGGAGAGAGGAGGCCCCUGCAAAUGCCCUCGGAGAAGCCAUGGCCAGGAUCCUUUACCUGGAGGAGAAGGUUCAACAACAAGACUCCCUCUUGACCCUGAAGGAUGUGAUGAUCAGCAACUUAGCAUCCCGCCUCCAAGUCUUGGAGCAAACCACGUACGACGGGUGUUUCUUUUGGAAAGUCCCCGAGAUGGGACUCAGACUGCAGGAGGUGCAAACAGGAAACAGGCAUGCCCUGUACUCCCCCACGUUUUAUACCAGCCGCUACGGUUACAAGCUCUGUCUCAAGCUGUUCCUGAACGGAGACGGGGCCGGAGCAGGCACCCACCUCUCGCUUUUCCUCGUUCUGAUGAGAGGAGAACAUGACUUCCAUCUCAAGUGGCCUUUCCGGCACAAGGUCACCUUCACUCUCCUAGAUCAAGUCAACAAGCGCCACAUCUCCACCUCCUUCCGCCCCUUGGAGACCUCGUCUUCCUUCCAGCGCCCCAUGAGCGAAGCCAACGUGGCCAGUGGCCUGCCCGAGUUUUGCCCCUUGAACUUGCUCCACGCCCCGGGGGCUACCUAUAUCCAUAACGACACAUUAGCCAUUCAAGCUGUGAUAGACACAAAGGCUUAGACUUCGAGCAACUUUCACCCUUCCUAUUGUAUGACUGCUGCUCCGAGAGGCCGAGGUGGCAAGUUUCCAAAGGGAACUCUGCCCAAAGGGACCCUUUGCUGCAUUCUCCACAGUCUCUUCUCAAAUGGGGUGCGACUGGAAAAGGAAAAAAAGGAAACCUUUGGAAGCUUCCCUUGUCCCCCCAAAACGCUAGCAAGACAGGGCAGCGAGCGCUCUGUGCUAUCCGAAGAAGAAGAAAGUAAAUUCAGCACCCAAAACAUGACAGGUUCUAUAAACUUAGAAAUUUAUUCCAAGAGCUGUGUAGCGCUUUCGUGUAAAAUCCAGGCUGUUACGGCACGGAUGAAAGGUGUGAACUUAAAAAAAAAAAAAGCUUCUGCCUUAAUUCUAGUAUCUCAACAAGUAAAGCUUUCCCCCUCCCUGUGGCACAUGCCAAGACUGCACCUGUUGGUUUUCCGCCUGCUGUACCUGAAACCAGCGACCCACCAAGCUGGUGUUGUGCCCUGCCAGUGGUCUGAUAGGCCUUCAAUGUUGUUGUUUUCUUCUCCCUUGCCUUCUUAGGACUGCAAGGUCAGGGAGGUUGUCAAGUUACCUGAAAAGACCUCAAUACACGAUGGUCUCCUUGGAAGCGCAGCGUAGCACCGACAGUCUUGUUUGCAGGCACUCAGAACUUUUGGCCAUUAAAGUAUUGAGAUAUGAGGUCUAUUUCCCUUGUACUACGGUGGGUAGGAUUUGUGCUUUUUAUACGUAUCGAUGGGUGAGCAUUUGUAGGUUUUUUUGUUUUCGUUUUUCCAAGUGGCCUUGAUGCGUUUCGCCGUUAUUUGCAUCUUACUAAAUUCGUAAUUGCUCUGGAACACAUUUGCGUGACAGGCAAUGGGAUAAUGAUCAUAAUAAUGAUCGCAACGACUGUAAAUGAUGUGCUACAGUCACGGUUGCGCUAAGAACAGGCCCCAACGCUUAGACUUGAUUUCAUCAGAACUGAGUGAAGAUGGCGGCUGCCAGCCGUGAAAAGACCUUUGGAUUGAUUCGGCAGAAACACCAGCGUGCGAGGAGAUGCUGCGAACUUAUAGAGUGUAGCGUUCUCAAAGCAAGGAAGAAUUGAACUCUGAUUAAUAAAAUACACACGAGGCUUGACCAGCAAGACUCUGGGAGGAGCGCGUAUAAUAAUAAUAAUUCUCUCCAACCCUCGUUUUAUUCACAA